AUGCUCUACCACGGCGCCACGCUCCUGCGCGAUCACAUCAACACCCCGGACGCGGGGCUCUACGUCGCCUUCCAGAUCCUAUCCAAGAUGGUAACCAUCAACCAUCUCCGCGAGGGCGGUAAGGAGCGGACCAAGUCGGAGAUGCUCGACAUGGUUCGUGUGUGCGCAUUGCAGAUUCCAUGUGAGUCCGACCAGCCGCCGGUCAAGACGGCAUGCACGAACUGCCGCCGUGCCAAGGUGAAGUGCAUCUUUGAGUCCGGUGUUGCUUGCACGCGUUGCUCGCGCCUUAACCUCGAGUGCUUACCACAUGUGCCGACGAAGCGAAAACGGCUCUGCCCGGCUGAGCGAGCCGCCGCCAGUGGUGGGCAGAGCCCCGAAUGUGCAAGCUCGAAGCGGCCAUUCCUGGGCAAUCGCGACGGCCCAGCGAUGUCGCUGGAUCGAUCGCAGUUGCAGCAGAACGAUAUGCGCGCGGCGCUCGAGGCUCUCGCAAAGGGCGACGCGCAACGGCACGCAGCAUGA